GAAAUGCGUAGCGUAGUCGCUUUUCGACGCUUUCGACGCUUUCGGCUAUGACUAUUGACUAUUAAUAAUAACAGCAAAUAUGACGCGACGCGACGCCAGUACCGACUGAAAGAUCGCGCUUAAAUCAAGGUCACGCUGUGCAAAAAACAAAAAAAAACCAAACACAAUUUUCCAAUUCAAUCAGCCAAAGAAGUGAGCAACAAGUGCAAGUAAUGCGAUGUAGGAGAGUGACCCGCAAAGGAAUUCAGUGAACAAUUCGAACAUUUAAAUCCAAUUACAGUGGAAACUCUGCAACAGGCAAACAGACACAGAGUGUCACACACGGAAUGUUUGCCUACAGAUAAGAUAAGCAAUCAAAGGCGGCAGCCACCGCAAAGACCUCGUCUGUCAAGUGCACUUCGCGAUGUGACACAAGAUGGGCAAGUGUGUCUCCCGGCAGACAGACCCUACUCAGAUUGCACCCCCAGCCAACGGGGCUGCGGGGCAUCAUCAAUCCGCAUUGAGACACACACUCUGGGAGCCAGAUUUGGAGCAGGCCCACAGAAUCUGGCAACAGUUGACAGCCAGUAAUGAAAACACAGAGGAGCAGGAAACAUUUUGUUACAAGCAUCGAAGGCUGCAGGAGGCCAUUGAGUCCCUUUGCAACGAGGAGCAGCAGCUGGAGCUGGAGCUGGAGCUGGAGCAGUUUUUGGUGCAGGAACUGCUUCAGGCAGCGGGCAACCAGCGGCAGGACACUCCAGCAGCAACAGCAGCAAUCAGCACACAAAACAAAAGCUAUCUGGCAAUUGGAAAUGGAAAUGGAAAUGGAAAUGAAACUGAAGAUGAGGUGAGUAAUAUUGAUAAAUGUUUAUGGCCCACAUAGGGGGCAGGCUCUUGGCUUUGGGGCUCGAAGUUUGCUCGGGCAAAACUAUCAAUAAAUGUUGGCAUCCUUUUGGCUCCGCCUUUGUGGCAGUUGUCAGCAGCUUGGACGGGUAUUUCCCACAGGCAGCAAUAUUUAUUGUUCAGAGAGAGAGAGAGAGCGAAAGUGUGCUGCAAAAUUGAUUGGAAAAUGAGAAAAGGGAUUAAGAGUGGAGGAGGUGCUUCUGUUUGUUGUCCUUCGAUAAUGGCUGCAGCUUAGACUGGUGCUCAGACUGCCGCCUCAGACAUGUGUCUCACAUCUUCCGCCACUCUGCUUGUGGUGUUACCUAAUCUGAGGCGCUUACGCCAUCACCCACUUGCACACAUCCUCAUUUAGCAGCCGAGCAGCGUCCCCAAGGGAUAAUUAGUUCCCAUUUUACAUGCAGCAAUCGCUGUGUGGGGCGGUGCCCCGCUCUAUUUUCUGCUAUUGCACCCCAGAGCUCAACCCCUGGAAUGAGCGUCUUUAAGGGUUAAUUAUAUAUGCAUUUUACAUGAGCAAAUUGGGUGUACAGCUGGAGGGAAAGGGUAAGAUCCCCCAGGACUGCUCGUUGAGCUGUGAUGCUAUGCAAUUCUGAGAUGUGAUACGUUCUG